AUGGACCAAUCUCAAAGGCCCAAAGGCAUUCUUCAUUCUCUAGGCGAAGAAAUCAUCAGAAUCAUAACCCCAGUUUCAAUCUGCAUGUUCUUAGUGGUCAUCUUAGUCUCUAUAUUGGAUGCCGAUUCAUCAAGCUCUCCUUCAUUCACCACCAUAGCCACCAUAGCUUACGACGAAACCACAUCUGAUACAGAAUGGGACAAAUUCAAAGGCGCCCUCUUAAACUCCCUCGUAUUCGUCACUGUCGUUACUCUCGUCACUUUCCUACUGGUACUCCUUUUCUACUUCAGGUGCACAGGCUUCUUAAAAUAUUACAUGGGUUUCUCCGCUUUCCUCGUGUUAGGGUUCAUGGGUGGUGAAAUUGCCCUUUUCUUAAUCCAAGUUUUCAAUUUCGCCAUUGAUUGUUUCACUUACGUCUUGUUAUUAUUCAACUUCACAAUCGUUGGCGUUCUCGCGGUUUUCAUGUCGAAAAUCCCCAUCUUUCUGACUCAAUCCUACAUGGUGAUUAUUGGGGUUUUGACUGCUUAUUGGUUUACAAUGCUCCCUGAAUGGACCACUUGGGUCCUUUUAGUUGCCAUGGCUUUAUACGAUCUUGCCGCUGUUUUGUUACCCGUUGGUCCAUUGAGGUUAUUAGUCGAGCUCGCUAUAUCAAGAGACGAAGACAUCCCUGCUCUCGUUUAUGAAGCUAGACCAAUAAUCGAUCAUGGAAACACCACCAUUGUUCAAAGAAGAGUAUGGAGAGAGCCUGUUAACCCCGAAUCACACAUUGAAAGCUCUCAAAAUGAGGUAAGUAUAGCCAAUGUUGAAGAAGGUGAGGGUGAUGAGCUCAGGGCUCCAUUGAUGGAGCCAUUGGGCGAGAACAUGGCUCUUGAAGGGAUUGGAUUGGGUGCAUCGGGUGCCAUAAAGCUUGGUUUAGGGGACUUCAUCUUCUACAGUGUGUUGGUAGGGAGGGCUGCAAUGUAUGAUUUCAUGACAGUUUAUGCGUGUUAUCUUGCCAUUAUUGCAGGUCUUGGUAUCACUUUGAUUCUUCUUGCUUUGUAUCAAAAAGCUCUGCCUGCUCUUCCUGUAUCUGUUUUGCUUGGAGUCUUGUUUUAUGUCUUGACUCGGGUGUUUCUUGAAGAAUUCAUAGUACAAUGUUCUUCAAAUCUCUUGAUGUUUUGA